GGAUAGUGAAUAACAGGCGGAGUCCAGGUUGUCGACCUAAGGUUAGCGGCAGACAGUGAACGGAUGCACCUGAAGACACAACACGUGAAUACUACAAAUGGAAAGACUGGGGAACAAGGAGAAACGCAGCCCCCGAAUGAUGACACGUGUUGCUGUUGCUUUGCUGGGUCUCCUCUCGAUGGGAUGGUCUGCUCCCAUGAACAGCUGCACCAGCCUCAUAGAGCCAAUAACCAUCAGCAAGGAGGGCAUUCUGGGCAGGUGGCUCUACAUCGGGGGCAGCUCCAACCUGCCAGGAAGCCGCUCGCUGGGCCGCCUGCUGACGAGUGUGUGGCUGGAAGUCACUGCCGCCGCAGAGAGCAACGUCCUCAACAUCAUCCAGACUCAGAGACUAUACAGUAAAUGUUCCAGCUUGGCGUACAACGUGACCUUCGAGAACAGCACGAUGAAGAUCGAGAAGCCGUUCUACCUUAAGGAAGUCUAUCUGGAAACAAACUGCUCCAGCUGCCUGGCCGUCUACGAAGAUAUCGUCUCUGGCAAUGACACGUUCACCAGUUUUAUGCUUUUCAGUCGGAGUAAGACGGCCUCACCUGAUGCCGUGGAGCAUUUCAAGAAGCAAGCAGAGUGUCUCCGUAUGCCUGCUCCCAUAAUGAUGGACCCAAACACUGAGCUUCUGAUUCUUCUAAUGCAGAAAUCUGUCCAUCCAACAUCCCGGCUUCGGAGGGGCUCAGUGCCCUCAACUCCCUGUUGGAGGCCAAGACGGGGCAUCGAGUUGCCCGAGUCCUAGAUGCUCUGUUUGAUGCGUUUGUGAACUAAUUUAUGCUCAGGGAGUUUCUGAUCAAACAUUAUUAAACUUGAAAGGGACAAACUGCUUCAUCUUCUCAUUCAUUAAUGGUUAUAGCGACAUUUGUCUACCUGGUGGUUACGGCUAUGCAGAAUAAAUCAUUAUCUUUAAAGUCACAUCAAGGAUCCUGAUCAAAUGCCUUAUGUUUAAUUCUAAAUGCCACUGAACUGUGAAAGCAAAGCCCAUAAGAUGGAGAGCGUGUGUUAUGUUCAUAUAUUUUUAAUCUGUUUAAUAAAAACUGUCUCACCUCUCUCCUGUGGGACUAUUUAAUACAAAGCACGAUCAAUAAACUAGUUAGUUAGUAGCUAGUUAGUUAGUAGUUAACUUUAAUAAACUAGUCCAUUAUACUGUUAUUAGUCCAUCCAUCAAUUUUCUACCGCUUAAUCCCACAUGUGGGGUCACGGGGGUCCUGGAGCCCAUCCCAGCUCAUCAGUCCAUCACAGGGCAACGCACACAGACAGACAACCAUGCACACACACACUCACACCUACGGGCAAUUUGCUUCAUUAGCAGCGGUGUUACACACUACUCUUCUACUUCGCAUACUUUGAGGGUACUUCAUUCUUCAUGAAGUAUUGUGGCAGUACUUUUACUUGUGUCUAGAUUCAGAUGCAGUCCUCUGUAGUUCACUAUAGCUGAAGCUGAUAGUGUGUGUUCAAUCCCACCGGUGUAGUAUUGUAACUAAAAUCCCAUUGAAGCCUGUUUAACGCUGACUUCAGCAAUCGGUCAAAUCGUUGAAUGUCAGCAGACUUUUAUUUUCCUUACCUUUAGACCAGAUUGCAACACAAAAUAAACAGAGCCUGGUGUUGACUGAACCUUUGAA